AUGUCAUUAUCAACAUUAAAAGUAUAUAGAGAAGCACUUCGAGCUACUAGAAUAGCAUUCCAUAAUGAUAUAACAGUAUUAAAAGCAGCAAGACUACAAAUAAAACAAGAAAUUAAACAAAGUAAGAAUCAAAAUCAAUCAAAUGAUGAAAUACAAAUUGGUCUUCAAAAAUUGAAAGAUAUAAAUAAAUUCCUUAUUGAAAAUUUAGUUCAAGGUGAAAAACAAAAUAAUGGGAAAUAUUUAUUAAAUUUUCAUGAUAAAAUUGAAUUAGGCGAUAAUGAAACAAUUAAACAAAAUCAUAAAGAAAAAAUGGGAAGUUUAUCGAAUGCGAAAACUGUUAAAUUGAGUAAGGAUGCCAGAUAG